AGACGUUCAAAGCCACCAUACCGUACACAUCGCGCGUACAAUUUGAAAAAAAAAUGGACCUCUUAUUCAACGAAUAAAAUAAAUAGAAGAUUGAACGUUUUUUUUCCUAGCCGAAGGUGUUUGGUUCAGUCAGCGCAAAUGCCAAAUAUUGACUGAUAUGUAGAUGAAAAAAUGAACCCAACUCAGGACUCUGAAAAAGUUGUGGACGGUCGCAAAGAAUGCGGCAUCAUGCGACCUGUACCCAAGUAUCAGCAUUACAUUGAUCACUUUGAGGAACUCUAUAGGCAAAGCCCUCUUGCAAAGGUGAUUGACAAAAAUGCCUCUUCUGUUCCUUCAAAACGCAACGCCGACAGUUCCUUCUCGGGCGGCGCACCUGGGUCCUUCAAGGUUCCGUUGACGUCCCCUGUGUACAAGAUCAAGAAACCGGUUCCCAUGUCGGUGGGUGCUUUUGUCAUGUCUCCUGUCGCGCAGCUUGUCCAACAGAUGCAGUCGACGACUGGGGUCUCGCGAUGCAAGAAAAAGCGUGAAACUGCCAGUCGUAUUGAAAAGCGAUUGUCUUCUGAUUCUGACAGUAUUCAGGUUGGAGAGAAGCAUUAUUUGGAUAAGAGUGAUUUACCCCAGCCUGAAUGUUUUCAGGAAGUAGAGUCUCCUGCAGAGCUAGAAGCAGGGGCGCCAUCGCCAGGAGCUGAUGAUGAAGAGGAGAACGUUUCACUUCAUGAGGGUGAAAACGAUGAAGGAGGGACUGAACAGAUGGGAGAAGAAGAAGAUGAUACUGAAAUGAAAGGCUUGGAUUCAUGCGAUAAACAAGUCAUUGAAGCAAAGACCAUCUCAAACCCAGGAGAAAGGAGAAAAUCACAGAGGAUUAAAGACAAAACUGACAAGUCUAGCAGUGAUGUCGAGCAUAGUAACAGUGGUAGCUGUGAUGGUGUAGUCAGGAAAGACAAAAAGUCAGUUACAGACCUUGACCAGUGGAUCAUAAAAUGGAUUGGAUCAGGAUUCAAGCAUAUAGCCGUUGAAGGGCAUAGAUUAGAGGACCCAGAAGGCUCAUUUUGGCACAGUACAGCUAUCGUGAAACGGGUUUCCCCCUGCCUUGUGGAAACGUCCUCAGGAUCACAAUACCGUCUCCAUGGAAACUUCAAUAGCCUCUUAGCAUUGGAUCAAGGAUUUUCCAAGCAGUUAGUACAUCAUUUUCGGAAAGGAUUCCCAAGACGUUGGAAAGCCUAUUUAAAGCAAGAAGCGUUGGAGCAGUCAGGAGGGAAAGCUGAAGGGAGUGUGUCAGAGUCUAGGGAUGCGGAGACAGCCAAGACGUCCAGAACGUGUGACACCAGUCUUUCAAAACCCCCGAAACAGAGUACUGUGAAGAAAGAUAAAAAAUCUGCAGUCACUAAGGCUGCAUCCAGUGUGCAGGAUACGACUCCUGUGUCAAGAAAGAAAGAGGCUUCAGUUGUCACGCCCUCGUAUGUCAGCGUGGAAAAGGUGAGAACUACCAAGAGCGGCCGAAAGGUCCUCCCUCCUCUUCAGUACUGGAGAGGCCAGAGGCAACGGACCCUUCUAUACAUGGAUGGGGCUGCAGAACUCCUUGAAGGAUCUGUUGACUAUACACCUGUCUCAGCUACCAGUCUUAGUGUUACAGGGUCCAUUGACAUAUCACAGAGAUCAAGAAGGCAGUGUAUCCAAAAGGAGACCCCAACGGGCAGGGUACAAGUUGUUAAGUCCACAAUUUCAAAAAGAAAAGGUAUCAUCAAGGAGAGCGAAAGCAAGAAAAGCCAGUCGAAGAGGAUACAAAAGAAAACUAUCGUGUCCAAAAAUGAGAGAAAUCGGGACACUGCUGAGACAAAAGAAGAUGGCAAAGAUUGCAGUCAUGAAGUGAAACCUGAAAACGAUAGUCUGCAGAGCUCUAGGAGGUCUUCUGAAUCUUCUAACCAUCAUAGAUCACUGAGCAAUUCUAGAUUAGCAAGUCUAACAGCUGCUUCAGAAACGGUAUCUCCAGGUUCCAGAGUGAAUGGAGAUCAUGCUACUACGAGACACAACCAGCCCUAUGACCUAUACGGUGAGGUAAUGGGAGUCUUGAAGGAGAACAAGCAACGAAGGUUAUCAAAUCAGAGCAGGAGACGGUCGCAAAGUAAUCUGAGUUCCUCAUCGGCAGCAGAGCACUCCCAAGGGGAUGAGAACUUCAAUAUAAGUGACGAUGAAGACUUUGCGAAGGAAGAAUCUGCUUUUGCUAGUGAAGGGGAAGGAAAGAAUACCUCCUUUUCCAGGAAAGACUCAUCUGCAGCAAGCUCAAAAAGCAAAGCUUCCUCGAAGAAUAGAAGGAGAACAUCUUCAAGAACUAAUGAGAGAGUGUUGCUUGGUUCAAAUAUGCUUCCGUCUGUUGUUGUGGAGAAAUGGGAAAACAAUGACACAAAUACAAAGGGGAAAAGCAAGAGUAGCGCCCAAUCUCAAAAACAAGACAAAGUUAAAAAACAAGCUAAGAGCAAGAGGACAAAACAAGCACCGCCAGAGUCUCGUAGGUCACAGAGGAUCCACGAGACAAAUGGGAACUGGAUGCCCGAUGAACUUCAGCGUCUCCACAGUGCUCUGAACACGAUUCAACCGAGUUCCAGUCAGUUCUGGCACAGAGUGGCCGCUACUGUGGGCACCAGGACAGAAUGGGAGUGUCAGCAGCAGCAUCAGGCAAAGCUUGAGGAGACUACCAGGAAAUCCAACCAGUCCAAGAACACCAAGGAACCCACUAAAGACAUAGAGGCUAAGGACCAACGUACAAAAGAGCCCGUUGCCCUGACUGCUGCGAAGGGUACUAUGAAACGGAAGAGGCAGCUUCGAGAACUGAUCCAGCAGCACAACCAGGCCUCAGAAGAAGAUCUCUUUGAUUCUACUCCAUUCAAGAAACAGAGGAAGAAGAUGAAGCCCUUGUUAAAUCUUGAUCUUGGAGAAGAGAAAUUGGAUGAUGAUGACGACGGGACGAUGUCGAAGACUCCGGGCUCAGCCCGCUUGAAGACGCCCAGUACACGAUUCCACAAUCUCCUUGCACCUCUUUCUGGGAAGAAGACUCCUCAUUCAUUUGCAAUAAGCCCAGGCCUCUUGAAUUCUGUUGAAACGAAACACAUAGAUCAGUAUAUCUUUGGGAUGCAGAAGAAACGCGCCAGUCGACGGAUGAAGAAGGUCCCAGCAACCAUACCUGAAAUCCGUUCACCCAUCAAGGCUCAAUCCAGAAAGUUUAGAAGCGAGAUGAUCAUGCCCACCACCCCAACCAUCUCAGAAGCAUUACAGGUGGAUCCUGUACAGGAUGUAGAUUCCGAGGAAGAGGAAGCCGACUACUAUUGGUCUGACGAAGAGGAAAGCCACUCAGGACAGAAACACAAGAAGGAUUGAAGCCUAUUUUAUUUUAUUUUAUUUCAUUUCCCCCCCUUCACCAAAAUUGGUUUAGAAUGGCUUAGUUUAAUAAUCAAACAUAAAUGGGGAAUAUAAUUUGAUCUUGGACCUAGCCCAGAGGAACCAUGUUCUCUUGUCUUUCCCAACUCAGAAUGAAUGAAAGAGUCUUGUCCUUUUAGUUGCCUGCUGAUGUUCAAAGUAAUUUCUUCUUUUUUUUUUUUUUUUUAGUAACAUAAGAUUAAACUUGAAGAAAGUAUACUACAAUCAUUAUUGGUCCCCUUUUAAUCGUAAGAUGAAAUAUAUUUAUUGAGUGAUGACGUUCCAAAAGGGGCUUUCGCACCUGUUUCUGCCAGUGUAUGGCGGCUAACGUAGGCUGUGCCAAUCCGUUAUCUUAGUCCCAUUUAGUGCUAUCAAGAAUUUCAUUUUUUAAAAACACAAAUGAGUCUUCAUAUACAGAAUUUGAUAUUUUGUGUUAUUAAAAUGCAAUUCCUGAUGUCAAGAAUAAAUUGUUUAAUAUUGAGAAAUAGGACCAAAUUAGAAAACAGCUGGCGACAUAUACAGUACAUCAACAUAUGCUGGCUCAAGUGUCAAGGUGACAUUCCGUCAAGCCCGGCUCACACCUUUGCAUUUUUGGGCUCCUGUUCAGCUGCGAAUUUGCCUUAACGCAGACAAACGCAGUCAAACUCAACACAAUGCAAUGAAACAAGCUUAUACAAGGUCAAUACGCAGACUUAAGCAGAGGUCCUUCAUUCUAGCAUGGAUGUUUUGAAUAUUUUAUAACAUCCGCAACAGAGCGCAAUCAAUGAGUUGCAACGAGCAAGGACGUGCAAAAAUGAGCGACAGCGAGCAGCCUACGCAGGCAUUAAUGCAGCAUUUUAACUCGCUUCACUGCAUACAAUUUUGUACAAGCUCGUACACAAAAGUGCGAUUGCAACCAAAUAUUAUGCUGCCUAGUAUGCUGCAUUAGGCAGCAUACUGCUUUUUUCCGGCAAGUAGCAACACGCUUUUUAAAACGCAAAUGUACGAGCCAGGCUCAAAGGCUGAAAUGACUACCUGAAUCACCAAUUGGAAGGUGUAGAUAUUUGCUGUGAAAAUACUUCAAUGGUUCACUUUAUUA